UCCGGCGGCAGCGGAAGACGGGGCUGCGGCGUUGCAAUGAACAGUGGCGGCGGCCUCCCGCCCCCCUCGGCCGCCGCCUCCUCUUCCUCCUCCUCGCUGGCGGCGGCAGUGGCGGUGGUGGCCCCGCCGGGGGUCGGGGGUGUCCCCGGCGGGGCGACGGCGGGAGUGAAGCUGAAGUACUGCCGCUACUACGCUAAGGAUAAGACUUGCUUCUACGGGGAGGAGUGUCAGUUCCUGCAUGAGGACCCAGCCGCCGGGGCUGCCCCGGGCCUCGGCCUCCAUAGCAACAGCGUCCCCCUGGCGUUGGCGGGCGCGCCCGGCGCCGGCUUUCCGCCCGGAGCGGUCCCGGGCGGAGGAGCGGGGCCGCCCCCGCCGCCGGGGCCCAAGAAGCCGGACCUGGGGGCACCCGGAGCCGCAGGCGGCGGAGGCGGCAGCGGCGGGGGACUCGAUGGAGCGCGGCUGGCAAUUCCUGGAAUAGAUGGAGGUGCUUUAACUGAUACUAGUCUCACAGAUUCCUAUUUCAGCACCAGCUUUAUUGGAGUCAAUGGAUUUGGAAGCCCUGUAGAAACAAAAUAUCCUUUGAUGCAGAGAAUGACUAAUAGUAGCAGCUCCCCAAGCCUUCUAAAUGACAGUGCCAAGCCAUAUGCAGGCCAUGAUGCUCUAACUUCACCUGCUUCAUCCUUGUUUAAUGACUUUGGUGCCCUCAACAUCUCUCAGAGAAGAAAGCCAAGAAAGUAUCGCCUGGAGGAGAGGCUAGUUCCGAUGGGAUCAAAGGCACGAAAAGCAAAGAACCCUAUUGGCUGCCUUGCUGACAGGUGUAAAUCAGGAGUACCCAUCAAUAUGGUUUGGUGGAACAGAGUCACAGAAAACAAUUUACAGACACCAAAUCCAACUGCAAGCGAGUUUAUUCCUAAAGGAGGAUCAACCUCCAGGCUGAGUAACGUGUCCCAGUCAAAUAUGUCUGCCUUCUCUCAAGUGUUCUCUCACCCAUCUAUGGGAAGCCCUGCUACUGCUGGAUUAGCACCAGGUCUGUCGUUGUCUGCUGGAUCUUCUCCUUUGCAUUCCCCCAAGAUUACUCCACAUACGUCUCCUGCUCCCAGAAGAAGAAGUCACACUCCAAAUCCAGCCAGUUACAUGGUGCCUUCUAGUGCCUCUACACCUGUUAAUAACCCUGUUUCUCAGACUCCAUCUUCCGGUCAGGUGAUCCAAAAGGAAACUGUAGGUGGAACGACUUACUUCUAUACGGACACAACUCCAGCACCUGUGACUGGAAUGGUAUUUCCAAACUAUCAUAUUUAUCCUCCAACUGCACCUCACGUUGCUUAUAUGCAACCAAAAGCAAAUGCACCUUCCUUCUUCAUGGCUGAUGAACUCCGACAGGAGCUGAUCAACAGACAUUUAAUAACAAUGGCACAAAUUGAUCAAGCAGAUAUGCCAGCCGUCCCUACAGAAGUUGACAGCUACCAUAGCCUAUUCCCUCUAGAACCACUGCCACCACCCAACCGGAUACAGAAAUCGAGUAAUUUUGGGUACAUUACAUCUUGCUACAAAGCUGUAAAUAGUAAAGAUGACCUGCCAUAUUGCCUUCGGAGGAUACAUGGUUUUCGUCUUGUUAACACAAAGUGCAUGGUAUUGGUUGAUAUGUGGAAAAAAAUUCAGCACUCAAAUAUUGUAACCUUGCGGGAAGUAUUUACCACUAAAGCAUUUGCAGAACCUUCUCUUGUGUUUGCAUACGAUUUCCAUGCUGGGGGAGAAACUAUGAUGAGCAGACACUUUAAUGACCCUAAUGCUGAUGCCUAUUUUACAAAGAGAAAGUGGGGUCAACAUGAUGGACCAUUGCCCAGACAGCAUGCUGGAUUAUUGCCAGAAUCUCUUAUUUGGGCGUAUAUCGUCCAGCUAAGUUCCGCAUUGCGUACCAUUCAUACAGCAGGUUUGGCAUGUCGAGUUAUGGACCCAACAAAGAUUCUGAUAACUGGCAAAACGAGGUUGCGAGUAAAUUGUGUUGGAGUUUUUGAUGUUUUAACAUUUGAUAACAGUCAGAAUAAUAAUCCAUUGGCAUUAAUGGCUCAAUACCAGCAAGCAGAUCUGAUAUCAUUAGGAAAAGUUGUCUUGGCUUUGGCUUGCAACUCUUUGGCAGGAAUUCAACGAGAGAAUUUACAGAAAGCCAUGGAACUGGUGACAAUCAACUACUCCUCUGAUCUGAAGAAUCUGAUUUUGUAUUUGUUGACUGACCAAAACAGGAUGCGGAGUGUAAAUGAUAUUAUGCCCAUGAUCGGUGCUCGAUUUUAUACUCAGUUGGAUGCUGCUCAAAUGAGAAAUGAUGUCAUAGAGGAAGACCUUGCAAAGGAGGUUCAAAAUGGAAGACUGUUUAGGCUUCUAGCAAAAUUGGGAACAAUCAAUGAGAGGCCGGACCAAAAGAUUCAGUUAGGAUUUUCCCUAAUACUUCUUCCAGAUGAAGAGAACAUGACCGUAUGUGUUGGACCGUAUUUUGAAAACUCUUUCAGCUGUUUCUUCUGGUUUCAGAAGGAUCCUACCUGGUCAGAGACUGGAGACCGUUAUCUGUUGAAACUCUUUAGGGAUCAUCUCUUCCAUCAGGUGACAGAAGCGGGUGCUCCCUGGAUUGACCUCAGUCAUAUCAUUUCUUGUCUUAACAAGAUGCUGGUGUGCCAGAGAAAAUAAGCCUCAUUUCCAGAGACGAGAAGAGUGUACUUGUGGUGACUUACAGUGACUUAAAGCGCUGCUUUGAAAAUACUUUUCAAGAACUAAUAGCAGCUGCAAACGGUCAGUUGUAGUAUUUGCUUAAAAAAAAAAAAAAAAUACCCGGAGGACAUUGCUGAGGAACUUAACCAACAGCAAAUUGCACUACAGCUGAACUGUUUCAUCAUCUCACUUCACAUUUGGGAAACAAACAGGAGAUGAGCAGAGCUGCUUGCACUUCAGUCAGGUACACUGUUACCUUAGAGCUAUGGCUGCCGUUGGAGGCUAUAUCUGUGAAGAAUUUAUUUUAGAUUAAGGAACACCAUCAGGUGAAUGAUGUUCCUGCUUUUUUUUCCCCCUCCACUUGUAUAUGCACUAAUUUUAAUUUUUUAAAGACUUUUUUUCAGUCUUUGAACUUUUGCCACAAUGUAGACUUAUUAAGGGAAACUAUUUACGAAAACAUUUUUGGGAAACAAUGCUGGGCAGCAUUUGUGUCGCUGAGGGUUGCAGAAUUUGCUCUUUUGGGGAUGGGUUGCCCUGAAUAACAUAAUGGACCAGGUAAAAAUGUCAUAGAAAUACAGUAUAGUGCAGAAUUCUUGUAAGCGUAUCGUAUGCAAGCUCUGUAUGCCACCUGCUGUUAGUUCAAAUUGAGAUUUUUGUUUUGUUUUGUCUGAAGAACACACAAAGAGAAGUAUCAGUGAAUUGUUGGAUACGAAUUCCCCUAUCAGUUGAUUUAAGUCCUUCCUGAGCAAGGAUUGGAUGAACAAUAACUGAAGGAGCGUAAACAGCUCUUUGCUCCAAAUUCAGCUGAGCCUUUAAGGGGGAAAAAAAAAAAGGUAUGUUUCCCUGCUAGUCAGAUGCAUUUACAUUUAUGCAGUUUUUUUAAAUACAGAAAAAAAUUAAGAAAUUGUGUUAAAGGCCUGAAGUUCAGGAAUGUGUUACUUUAGGUUAUUAACAGUUUGUUUUUUUUUGUAUAAAGUUCUGUUCUUUGAACCACAGCUUUAUUAUGGUACUUACACUGGAUACAGAUACAAAGACACUGUUAAGAAGAUUAACUAAACACAGCAGUGGUCUGGCAUCAAGAGCUUUCUGAAGUUUUACAGCCUGAAUCUGGAGGGAUACCGAUCUGCUGUGCCUUUGCAGUCACUGCUUAGCCCAAAGUAAUAGUACUUUUGAUAAUAACACACUAUGUGGGAUAUUCCCAAAUAAGUCAAUCUCAAAAUUUUGGAAUUUCCUCCUCUUAACUUUCUUAAUAUUUGGACAUGCAGUUGUCGCCAAACUUGGAAUUUAUAGUUAAUGAAAUACCUAACUUUGAUACUGAAGGCUGCCAAAUACAUAGGAAUUUUCUUUCUUAAAAAACAGCAAUGAAGACUGUCUACCCUUCCCCAGCACUGGAUGUUUUACUAGCACUGGGUGCUCACCAUGCAACUAUGAAGAAAAUGUGGAGACUCGAAAGGUCAGGACAGAUUUCCAGGCACUUGGAACUGAUGCUACUGUCUUCAAUUUUAAUAAUUACACAUAUUUGUAGUUUUCAGAGUUUUUAAUAUUUCUCCACUUUUUAUAAGCUUUAAAAUGAUUUUCUCUGCCUUGAGAUUUGCAUCAAGAAAAAGCACCUCUCUUCACCUGAAAGCUUUGAAGACUAGAGACACGCGUUACACAUUUUACGAAGCGUGGUUGGGUCCACGUUUGGUAGCAUCAGUUGUUGAGUUAAAAAGAAGAUCAAUUAUUGCAUUUGAUAUUGAUGGAUUAGAAAGAACAUGAUGUUCAGUACUCAAAGGAUAAUUCACAUUUGCCACCAUAAUGUUCUUUUUUUAUGUAAAAGGAACAAGAACUUGGAGACAUUAACAUGCAAAAGUCUUUUAUCAUUAUUAGCUCAUGUAUUUGAGGAAGAGCAGCUGUCUUUUUAUAUGUUUUUUGACAAAUCAUAUUGUAAUUCUUUUGUACAAAAAAGAACUACUUGUAUUCUAGAAGAAAUAUGAAAUGCUUAAUUUAUAAGCGGGCUGGAGAUUUUUUCCAAUAUUGUUUUCUUUGAAAAUGAAAGGGGAUCAUCUAUUUUAGUUUUAGGGUUUGGGAACUUUUUGAAAAUUUAAUUUGUGGACCAAUGUUCUGUGAAAGGUAAGGAAGGGCAGGGGUCAAAUAGGGCUUGAAUUUUUCCUUCUGAAUAGACCAGCAAACUUUCCUCUGCAAGGCAAGUUCAAAUCACAAACCCAAGAAUGUUUGUAUCAUGAGUGCUAGUUUGCUUCAGCCCCUAGUAACCUCAGGACUUGGUUGACUAUAAAAGGUGGACAGCUGAUAGGUUUUCAUGAGUAAAUAUUGUCAGCCGGAAAAAACAGUUGGUGUCAGGUAAUUCAUAUUUUUUUAGCUUUGUUUUAUAUUUAUUUUUCAUUUCGUUUUUAUUGGGAAUGGUUUUCAAAAAGAACUCCGUUUUGCUUAGGUGUUUUUGGGGGAGCCCUCUUUUUUUUCCAAGGUAUAAUUGCAUUUAAGAGGUUGUCUAAAAGCUAGUCUGUUGAAUUCAUAGGAAGAUUUGAAUAUCUGAGAACAGUCAAAUUAAGGAUAUAAACUCCCUAUACCUUCCUGUUAUCACAGAUUAAAGAACAGAAAGGACAACCCUUGAAAUCAUGUAACGUUGGUCAUUUCAAUUUUUUGUACCUAUUUUAAAUUCUGUUAGUGUAUUUACUUCAUUGUAAAUAUUUCUGAGGGUACCUUUGUAUUUUGCUUUUGACCUUGGUUCUGUGAUUUGGAUGUCAGCAACUUCCCUAAAAAGCACCAGUAUGUUCACUUCUAAUGUCGUGGUCCCAAUAUGUGUUAUUCAUCUUUAAUCCUCUUUUCAGUCUUUACAUGUACAGCAUUAUUUUUAAUAAAGAAUUACAGAAAUAAACUUGUCUUUUUUGUACUAAUUCAUAUAACAAGAUUAUGUUUGUCUUAUGAUUCGAAUUUAGAAGGUUAUAUAUUUCCUACAUAGUUUGGAAGAAUUUUCAGUCUUUGGACGAAGUGGUGACAGAUUUACCCUUUAAUUUAACAAAUAUUUGUUAAAUGCCUGCUCUAUCCUUGGCUCUACCUGCUCUAGGCACUAAGAAUACAGAUAUGAGGACUUGUUAUUUAUAAAAUCUAUAGUUACACCCAAGCAUUUCUGUAUAGUACAUGGCUUACAGUAUAGUUUAGGAGAGAAGGCCUACUUACCUGAGAGGACAGGAAAUGAUACAUGAGAGUAGUUCACGAAGUAUUGGUACAAACUCAUAGAAACCUUUAUUAAACAAAAAUAUCAAAAUGUGAAACUAUUGUUUCUCGACAUAUCUUCCAUCUAGGUCUAUACGCUUCUGAAGGCGAUGUUUUCAUCUCUCUAACCCUUCCCCAUAGAAUUCUGUGCUCUUUGUGUUACACCACGUCAAAAUAACAGUUUUGACAUCCUCUGGCGACUCAAAUUGUGUUCCUUGUAAAUGUUCUUUGAGUUCUGGGAACAAAAAGAAGUCUGAAGGGGCAAGAUCAGGGCUGUAGGGUGGAUGGGGUAAGAUUUCCCAAUGAUAUUCUCAUAGGACAGCCCUUACUACCCUCAAAGAAUGAGCAGGUGCCUUGUCAUGAUGGAAAAAAAAUUCCUUGGCGCAACUUUUCUGGCCUUUUUCUCACCAAUGCAGUCUUCAGUUUUCUUAAAACUUCUUUGUAAUAAGCCCCUGUGGUCGUCCUAUGUCCUUCAAGAAAAUCUAUCAACGUUACCCCUUUGUAAUCCAAAAAAACAGUCACCAUAACCUUCUGAGGAGUCUUCCCUCUCUUGGCUCAUCUUUGAGGCCUUCCCGACCUUCCUUAAAAUGCUUGAUCCAUCUAAAACCUGUUGUUUAUGUGGGGCAGCGUUCUCAUAAGCUUGUUGCAAAGCUUCAGUGAUUUUGGGAAGAUGUCCGUUUGAAUUUUGUUAAAAAUUUGAUAUUAGCCCUGACCUCAAAAUCGUUGUUUUCUGUGGCACAAAAAGUAUCCCUUUUUCGGAAGGUACCCUAACAAGGCUAAGACAAAUGUAUUACUGAGAGAACUUGCCUGCAGCCACCCACUGAUGACAGACAUGUUUAAACACAUAUUUGUUAGGAAUAAACGCAUGCAUGUAUUAACUGGGACCCUAGUAGGAAUACUUUUUGACUUACCCUUGUAUUUGGGCUCCGAUUCACUACUUUGUUAUUUUACCAUGUAGGUGAAGGACACUCCCCCCCGAAUCCUCCAGAAACAUAAUUCAGGAUAUAAGGAUAGAUAAAGAGAAGAUGGCAAAAUGUUACCAUUUGUUGAAUCUAGAUAGUAUUGUGGGUUGUUUUGCUUGUUUUGUUCCCCUAUAUGUUUGAAAUUUUUCAUAAUAAAACGUUGGAAAAAAAAUACACCGAGGAGAAAGUGGUAAGGGGCCAAAGGCAUAGGUGAGAGGUGACUAAAGAGGAAGGAGGGAGUAUUUCCAGCUAAAAGAACUGGUGAGUGUUUUUAGGAAUUCAGAGAACAAAGAGUAGUAGUACAGAAGGAUAAGAAUUUUGGGGGGGAGAAACAAUUUUGAACAACAGCAAAAACAUGGAUUAGGCUUGGAAUUAGUGACCAUUGUAGACUCAUGGGAAAGAUGGGAGACUAGUAGGUCUAGAGUGGAGGGUAUGUUCAGAGGAUCUGUUAGGUUUAAAUUUCUUAGGAGAAAAUGUUAAAAAUAUUGUUAAAACUAAACCAAUAUUAUAUCUGAUAACGCUCUAGUAAAUGGAGAGAGAGUGCUUUAUUUUUAUCUCCUGUGCUCUGAAUGGUCUGGAAGUCCCAGACAAGGCACCCCCAAUUACUUCAGGGGUUACUUUUCCGGAGCCAAACACAAAGGGUACUACUUAGGGUAAAAGUAGGUCCUUUACCCCACACAUACUUAAAAAAUACAGGUAUAUAUAUCUGUUGUUUAUCUGAAAUUCUGAUUUAACUGGAUGUUCUGUAUUUUUAUUUGGUAAAUCUGUUUGGCAACCCUCCCCACAUAUUUUAACUGUGCUUUGUAUAGCAAGACCAGAAAAGACUCACCUGGGAGGCUGAUACCAAGUAGCCUCAGGAGUUGUGAUUUAGCCUCAUGCAGGACUGACCGAUAAAAGCCCAGAACCCUGCAGCCCAGAGCUUCCUGUUCUUCGAAGGGAGGGUGAAACGCCCUCUCUGAGUCAAGGCAGCUCUGCGUUGGGAACCUUCCCAGGCCUCACCUGUGCGUGUCUUCCUUAUGGUGAUCCUGAUUUAUAUCCUUUUGCUAUAGUAAAACCAGUAGUUGUAAGUAUAAUAUUUUCUGUGAAUACUGUGAAUCGUUCCAGUGACUUAACAAACCCAAGGACAGUGUCCUGUUUAACUUGUAAGGUCUGACCUAGCCCCAAGUGUUGUGUGAGUGGCGGAUGUCAGAAAUGACAAGAAGUGGGAAAACAGGGAUAUGAUUGAUCUCUGCCUUCUGAGAGCUUUAUGCUGAUUCUCAUCCAUGAAGCUGUCAUCAUAGUAUGAAUAUGCCCCAAGUGUUGCAUGGGACAUACAUUAAAGAAUUAUUCAUCUGAAAUUCAAAUUUAACUGGCCAUGCUGUGUCUUAACUUGCAUCUCUAGAUGUGGGUAGAGUAGUGGUGGUGGUACAAUUUCAGAUGGGGUGUUCCAGGCCUCACUAAGAAGAUGAUGUUUUUGAGCAAGGACUUGUUGGAAUCGACUCAAUGGCCACGGGUUUGGUUUUUUUUUUUUUGAAGGAAGUGACGCUCCACCCAUGUGAAUAUUGGAGAGAAUAUUCCAGUAGGGAGUAGUCUGGGUAGAGAAUGUGGAUAGAGCAGUUUCAGUGAGUGUCAGAGUGAAAGCUGGAUUUGGGUGACUGGGAGGAGAGGAACUGGAGACAAAGCAUAUAAGCAACUCAUCCAAGAAUUUUGCUGUAAAGGGGAAUAGAGAAAUGGGUGGUAGCUGGAGGGGAAUUAGAGGUGAGAGGUUUUUUUUGGUUUGUUUUUUUCCAUAAGAUGGGAGAAAUAACAGCAUGUUGGUAUGAUCCAGUGGAAAAGAAAACUUGUUGGUAGUGAGGGGGUGGUAAAUUGCUGGAGCAAUGUCCUUGAGUAAGCAAGAGGAUGGGAUGGAGUGUACCAGUAUAAACAGGUUGGCCGUCCCCAGGAGGGAAAGCUGGGUAUAGGAGUGCAGAUGCUAAUAGGUGGGUAGAUGUGAUGGGAUUUGGGAGAUGUUCUGUCUCGAUUACUUCAAUUUUCCCAUUGAAGUGAAGGGUAUCCUAAUAGUACCUAUCAGAGGAUUGUUUUGGAAAAAAAAUGAGUUUAUUCUUCUGAAGCACUUGGAAUACUUGCUGGCACAUAUUAAGCACUCAGAUGUUACCAGUUAUUACCUAUCACUGUUUCCCCAAUACCAAUCUAUGGAACAGCAUUUGUGCACUAAUGUUUUUUUCUGGUACAAAUUAAAAAAAAAAAGACAAUAUAUGUU